AUGUCCGUUAACAUUUGCAGAGACAACCAUGAUCCCUUUUACCGUUACAAAAUGCCCCCACUGCAGGCGAAAGUGGAGGGUCGUGGUAACGGUAUCAAGACCGCCGUGCUGAACGUCGCUGACGUGGCCAGGGCUCUGAACCGUCCCGCUCCAUACAUCGUUAAGUACUUUGGAUUUGAGCUUGGUGCGCAAACUUCCAUCUCCGUGGACAAGGAUAGAUACCUUGUGAACGGUGUCCACGAGCCCGCGAAGUUGCAGGACGUCCUGGACGGGUUCAUUAACAAGUUUGUGCUGUGUGGGUCGUGUAAGAACCCGGAGACGGAAAUCGUUAUUACGAAGGACAACGAUCUCGUCAGGGACUGUAAAGCAUGUGGGAAAAGGACGCCCAUGGACUUGAGACACAAGUUGUCGUCGUUCAUCUUGAAGAACCCUCCAGAGGCCAUGGACUCUGGGUCCAAGAAGAAGAAGAAGGCUGCGACCGCGUCCGCUAACGUGCGUGGUGGUGGGGUUUCCAUUAGUGAUAUCGCACAGGGGACCGCGGGUGCCUCCGAUUCGUCCCCAGCGGGCGAAGGCGAUGAUGACGACGACGAGUUGGCCCGUCAGAUCAACGCCGCGGCGUCCAAGCUGGAGAAGAUCGAGGUCAAGGACGACGAGUGGGCUCUGGACAUGUCAGAGGAGGCGAUCAGGAGACGUGCCAAGGAGUCCGAGGCGAAUGCGGGCACCCUUGACCCUGAGAUGAAACUACUUGACGAUUUUGGUGAGUGGGUCGUCUCGCAGAAGGAGACCCCCUCGGACGUCGAGAUCUACAAGAAGGCCGCAGAACUGGACGUCUUGAAGGACCCAAAGAUCGGUUGCGUCAUCGCCCAGUGUCUCUUCGACGAGGACAUCGUCAACGAAAUCGAACCCCACAGCGCAUUGUUCACCAAGUUGUUCGUCUCGCCAGAAUACGAGAGAAACUUCCUUGGUGGGAUCGAGAGAUUCCUAGGACUAGAACACAAGGAGUUGAUCCCACAGCUACCAAAGAUCCUCAUCCAGUGUUACAACAAUGAUAUCGUCUCCGAGAAGGAAAUCAUGAAAUUUGGGACCAAAUCGUCAAAGAAAUUCGUCCCCAAGGAAGUCUCCAAAAAGGUCCGUAGAGCAGCAAAACCCUUCAUCACAUGGUUGGAAACUGCCGAGUCUGAGGACGAGGACGAAAGCGAUAACGACGAUUAG